AUUAUUUGAAAAAUAAAACUAGAUUUUCCUUUUUUUCCCUUUCUCUGCUUCCCUGUUGGCGGAGCUCUAAGCCAUCUCUUGUCUCUCUCGAGAGGGAAAGAGAGUGUGUGUGUGUGUCACAACGCAAAGCAGCGUACCCCGCAACCCAGAAAGAAAGUAGCAAAUGCCAAAUGGUAGUGCAGUGAUAGCAUUGUAGCGUAGUGUUAGUGAGAGAAAGAGAGAGAGAGAAAAAAAGGCACUACCGUCACCACAACCAACUAGGCUUCGGUCGGAAAGUUGCUACAAAAAAGGUCUUGUCUUCUGGGUCACUCUUUACUUUUCUGGGAUCUCCAUUUCUGAGCUAAAGUCUGAUUUUUUGGGGAUUUUGAUUGUGGGAUUUCUGGUUGCUUCUUCUGGGGUGUCACCAAGUCGCCUUCAUCAACUAAAUAUUGAACCUUUUCUGGAGGGUGCUCUGAAUCGGUGAAUUGGCGCUGUUGUUUUGGCUUGAAGAUGGCUGUUGGUACUAGUUGUGGCUUAAGGUGAUUUUUGGGGAAGUUGUUUGGUAAGAAAGGGGUAAGGAUGGCGGCAGAGUCAAACGCUGGAUUUCACAGUGAAGAUAUAGAUUCUGUUUUUAACAGGCGGGCCAUAUCAUUCCAGCCUGGUGUUGCUAUUAACCGCCUGUCAGAGAUGGUUCCAAUGGGUAAUUAUUUUGGGCUAAGUAGUUCAUCUGGGAUGAUAUAUUCUGGGAAUUCAACCAUCAUUAACAGUAAUCCUGUCAUGAGUCAAGCCGGUAACCCAUCAAGUUCUUCGCUUCUUCUCGAUUCGGUUCCAGGAUUGAAGCAUGACACAGGUUUAGCUGUUGAGUGGUCUGUUGAUGAGCAGUACAGAUUGGAGGAAGGCCUUGCCAAAUAUGCUGAUGAACCAAGUAUCAUGAGGUAUAUCAAAAUUGCUGCCCUGUUGCCUGAUAAAACUGUUCGAGAUGUUGCUUUGAGGUGUAGAUGGUUGACAAGAAAGCGAAGGAAAUCAGAAGAACACAAUCUGGGAAAGAAGGUCCAUAACAGAAAGGAUAAGCCUGUGGAGUUAGCAUCAAAGUCAAAUUUACAUUCGACUCUGCCUCCAACCAUGGCUACAUAUUCUCGCAUGUCACACCAUAUGGACCAAAGUCAACGGAUACAAUAUGAUGGAAUUUGUAGUCCUUUGAAGCAACUCAUGGAGCAGAAUGCUCAAGCUUUUAAUCAAAUCACUGCCAAUUUGUCUACUUACAAGUUGCAGGAUAACAUCGACCUCUUUUGCCACACUAGGCACAAUAUUAAUACCAUUCUUAAUGAUUCACUUAAUUUUGUGCAGUAUGAGAGGGAUGCCUGGGAUUAUGAGCCAAAUGCCACCACUGCCUGUCGCCAUCAACGACGAUCUUGCUAGCAGUAUUUUGCCUAAUAGAACAUAGCUGGCAGAGUGCUGAGUCCACUCAGAUUUGGCAAUGAAAGUGCAUGAUGAUGAGUGUAGAGAGUGUUAGCUGCAACAACUGUUUUUGGUGGUACAAAGCAUUGAGGAUCUCAGAACUUUCCACACUUUCUAAUCCAUCCAUCAUUCAUCUUAUUGCUCCCUCCUUUAUUUGUUUCUUUUGAAGGAAGCCUUGCAACUCCUGUUGUAUAAACAAAACAUUUUCCUUGCAAAGAAAAAGGAGAGAAAAUAGGAAAGCAAUUAAUAUAACAAUGGUUUGAGAUGAAUGCACCGUUAUGGAUUCCAGAGUGCAGGUGUUUUUCUCAUGCCAUACCAACUAUUUGUAGAUCUAUAUUCUAGUUUGCCAUCGACUUCAAAUUUAAGUAAUUAUCAUAUUUAACUCUUGAUACCUGUUGUGUAAUGUGUGAAACUAAAUCAUUAUUUACACCAUUUUCUAUCUUC